ACAAUAAAAAAACUCAAUACCACUCCUUAUCCUUUAUCAAUUCCAUCCCUAUAUAUAUAUAUAUAUAUAUCCUGGAUCCAAUAAAAUUCUCUGAAUAUCCAUGGGUACUCUCCCUCGGUUAUCUGCUAUUCUGUUCACAGUUACCAUCUUUGUUGAUCUGCAUUUCCGAUGUUCAACUGGCCAGCCAUUGAUUUCAGCUUCUCCAGGGGUUUUGCCUUAUGUUACUGCACCAAAUAUGUCUUCCUUCUUCCCUUCUUCAAGUUCUGCAGCUUCUCCAAAGUCAGAGGCAUCUGCACCAAUUCCCAGCUCAGGCGAAUUUAUAGGAAGGAGUUCCUCCAGUUCAGCUAAGUUUGAUGGCAACGCUGUCAUAUUUGGAUUUUAGCGGGAGUCUCUUACAAACUCUACGGCCGCCGCUAUUCAUCCCACCCAAACCUCACAACCUGGUUCAACAAAUACAUCGAC